CUGUGGAUCAGACUUGUUGGUCCAGCACAUCCAACAGAUGCUAAAUUGGAUUGAGAUCUAGGGAAUUUGGAGGCCAGGACAACACUUUGAACUCUUCACCAUGUUCCUAAAACCAUUCCCGAACAAUGUUUGCAUUAUGGCAGGCACAUUAUCCUGCUGAAAGAGGUCACUGCCGAUAAGGGAAUACCAUUGCCAUGAAGGGGUGUACCUGGUCUACGAUGAUGUUUAGGUAGGUGGCACGUGUCAAUUUGACGUCCACAUGAAUGGCCAGACACAGGGUUUCCCAGCAGAACAUUGCCAAGAGCAUCACACUCCUCCACCGGCUUGUUGUCUUCCCACAGUGCAUCCCCGUGCCAUCCCUUCCUGAUGUAAAUGGCACAUACAUACACAGCCAUCCACGUGAUGUACUGUAAAAGAAAAUGGGACUCAUCGGACCAGGCGACCUUCUUCCACUGCUCCAAGGUCCAGGUCCGACACUCACGUGCCCAUUUUAGGUGCUUUCAAUGGUGGACAGGGGUCAUCAUGGGCAUUCUGCCCAGUCUGCAACUACGCAGUCCCAUACACAGCAGGGUGCGAUGCUCUGUGUGAGGAUGUGACACAUUCCUCCCAUAACCAUCUGUGGCAGCAGGGGCGUGGUCAAGCAUCUCUCCGGAGAGAGAAAGCGGUAAGGGCGCUUACACCUGAGCUAAAUUGUCUAACACCUGUCUCUAAUUUCAGUGAGCACGGGGAGAGCGGCAUAAAGAGAGCGACACAACGCUCAGUCGGAGAGACAGGAUAUGACAGAGCCGAGCCAGAGCAACGAUUCCCGAGUAGUGGAAGUUAUUUGUAGAAACAGUGUGUGUGUUAGUGUUUAAAGAGCGUAUAAAGGUAACUGUAAAGUGGUGUCGAGGAAGAGGGGAAAUAAAGCGUCACCUGAAAAAGAAAAACUGCUUCUUGCGUCCUCUUCUACACUGGUGCCGAAACCCGGGAAUUGAAGUUUGGGUCGAAGAUGGAUGGAGGUCGUCCCGUAGAGUCCUCCCAGUUGGCGGAGAUCCUCCAAGCCCUCGCCAGCCUACAUCGGAACCACCAAGAAACGCUGCUUGAGCUCCGACAAGAUCAAGACCGCCGGUUUGUCAAGCUCAUGCAUGCUCAAGCCGAGGACCGGCAGGCGAUCCGGAGCCUCCUCAGCCAGGGGGCAUCCUCAGCCGCAACCCCGGACACACCCACGCCGUUACCCCCGCCAGCAUUACAGAAAAUGCGGGUGGCGGACGACCCCGAGGCUUUCCUGGAUUUGUUUGAGCGCACCGCCGAGAUCUGGGGCUGGCCGCUCGGCCAAUGGGCAGCCCGACUGAUCCCACUAUUGUCCGGGGAAGCCCAGCUCGCGGCUCAACAACUGCCAGCGUCGAGCCUCCUGGCCUACGGAGAUCUAAAAAAAGCCAUCUUGCAACGGGUUGGUCGCAUUCCGGAGGAAAGUCGUCAACUCUUCCGGAGCUUGAAGUUGGAAAGCUCUGACCGCCCGUUUGCCUUUGCUCAGCGGCUCCGUGACGCCUGCCGAAGAUGGCUGCUAGCAGGGGAUCGCGACGUCCAGGGAAUUAUCGACCAGGUGGUACUGGAACAGUUCAUAGUUCGACUGCCAAAAGGAAUGGCGGAGUGGGUCCAGUGCCACCGCCCGGCGUCGUUGGAGGAAGCUAUCCGACUUGCGGAGGACCACAUGGCGGCGAUCCCGAGGACGGAAGAUCCCUCCUACCUUUUCUCUCCUCCCUCUGUUUCUUCCCCCUCCCCUCUCUCUCCCUCGUCUGCUCUCUCUCCAGGUCCCGUUCCUGCCCCACGCAGGCGAGGAGGAACUCAGCCCCUGUGGGAGGCGACACCUUCCCCUACUCCAAUGCCCCACCGCUCUCCCCUUCAGGGGGGGGCGCACGCCGACGCAAGUGCGGGCGUAGCGCCUGGGCCGGCCUGUUGGAGGUGCGGAGACCCGAGCCACUUCCGAGAUCAGUGCCCUCUGAUGGAGCUGGGGAUGGUGGUGCGGGUCUCUGACCUCCCACAGGCUGCCCCCGACCAGGCCGGAGCAUACCGGAUACCGGUAAGUGUCAAGGGGGGUACUCACCAAGCGUUGGUGGAUACCGGGUGUAAUCAAACCACUAUCCACCAACGCCUGGUUCAACCCAAGGCAUUGGUCACAUCCAAAACGGUGAAGGUGAAGUGUGUACACGGGGAUAUUCACAAGUAUCCGGUGGUGACCCUGACAAUUAAAUUCCGGGGGAAAAAGCAUAGAGUGGAGGCUGCGGUUAGUUCCCGCCUCACCCAUCCGCUGAUUUUGGGGACUGAUUGGCCUGAUUUUAGAGUUUUAUUAAAGGGAAUUUGCGCGGAUGGGUCCUGUGUGAAAAUGGGGAGAUGUGUGAUGUGCGAUGCUCUGGCAGGGGAGGCGGAGCUGGGGCCGUCCUCGACAGCUCCACGUCAUGAUGACGAGAGAGGGGGAGAGGCUGCAGCCCCUCCCCUUCUCAGGGAAUUCCCUGAGGGGGAUUUCCCUUUGGAGCAGUCGCGAGACGAAACCCUCAAACAUGCCUUUGACCAAGUGAGAGUCAUCGAUGGUCAAGGACUCCAGCCUGACAUCGCACUUUCAUACCCCUAUUUUGCAAUUAUAAAUGAGCGGUUGUAUCGAGUGACACAGGACACUCGAACCAAAGAGGAUACAACCCAACUUUUGGUAUUCCAGGCGGCUCAUUAUAAUCCCAUGGCAGGUCAUCUAGGAGAAAGGAAAACACUGAACCGUCUAAUAGCCCGUUUCUAUUGGCCGGGCAUUGGCGGCGAUGUCCGCAGGUGGUGUGCGGCAUGCCGCGAAUGCCAGCUGGUUAACCCACCGGCCACCCCAAAAGCGCCAUUGCGCCCUCUCCCUUUGAUCGAGGUCCCCUUUGAGAGAAUUGGAAUGGACCUCGUCGGGCCAUUAGAACGGUCAGCACGCGGACAUCGCUUUGUAUUGGUCCUAGUGGACUAUGCAACGCGAUAUCCGGAAGCAGUGCCUCUUUGCAACAUCUCAGCACGCAGUGUUGCGGAGGCACUCUUCAAAAUAAUCUCCCGGGUGGGGAUUCCGAAAGAAAUCCUCACUGAUCAGGGCACAACGUUUAUGUCACGGACACUACGUGAGCUGUACGAACUAUUAAAUAUUAAAUCGAUUCACACCAGUGUAUACCAUCCUCAAACGGAUGGCCUGGUGGAACGAUUUAAUAAAACCCUCAAAAACAUGAUUCGUAAGUUCGUGCACGAUGAUUCUAGAAAUUGGGAUAAAUGGCUCGACCCCCUGUUAUUUGCAGUACGAGAGGUCCCGCAAGCCUCCACUGGCUUCUCCCCAUUCAAGCUGCUAUAUGGGCAACGCCCACGCGGCAUGCUUGAUGUAAUGUGA